AUGUCAAAGGAGCCUUGGAAUUCUACAAAAACAGGAAGUAUCAGUUCAUUGGAUAGAUUGGCUAGAAGCACCUUAUCAAUGGAUUUACCUGAGGCAAGAAGUUGUCGUGAAGCACGUGAACAAAGUCGAAAAGAAAUGCAUGUUUUGAAUGAGAAACUUGCUUCACAACUUGAGAAGAUGCGUCUCUUAUCAGAACAGAAUAAAAAAUUAAUGAAUGAUAAUGGUUCAAUGAAUCGUGUAACUAAGGAGACAGAAAAAAUUCGUUCAAUGUACAAUACAGAGUUAAAACAACUACGCCGUUUAGUUGAUGAAUGUGAACAUGAAAAAGCAGAUAGUUUAGCAAAAAUUGCUCAUUUACAACAGACUGUAAGAAAUAAACAAGAUCAAAUUAGUCAAUUGAAUCAAAGUAAUCAACGUCUGUCAAAACAAUUGGAUGAUGCCUUGAAAGAAUCUACAGCUGAAGAAGAGAUACACAGAUGGCGUACAACAGCAGAACAACAAAAGCAUGCAAACAGCUUAUUGCAUAGGAAUUUAGACGAAGAAACAGCUAAUCGUAUGACAUGUCAAUCAGAAAUGCAGACAUUAAAAGAAGAAAUGGAAUUUCAUCGUCGUAUUCAUGAACAAGAAUUACAAGAAUUACGUUCAAUGACAAAUAUUGUACACGAUGAACAAGAUCGUGAUCAAUGGCGUGAAAUAAUGCAAAAUGCAAUACGUGAUAUUAAAUCAGCUUAUGAUAAUCGUUUGGAUAGGAUUCGUGAAGAAAUGGAGCAUAGUUAUUUAUCUCGUCUUGAAGAAUUGAAUCGUCAAGAUUCAUCACAACGAACAGAAUUCCAUAGACUACAAGAAGAAAAUGCUAAAUUGAAAAGUAGCUUAGAAGGUAUUCGGGGUCGUGAUGAUCAAUUACGUGCAAAAUGUGAUCAACUGGAACGUGCUUUAAAUGAGUCAACUGAAGAGUCACGAAAUCUACGCAACCAGUUGAAUAAGCUUAUAACAGAAUCUGAACGUGAGAAACAAGCAGCUGAGGAGGCUUUAACUCGACUACACAAAGAAUUGUCAUCAUUAACCGAUGCUAAAUUGAAUUUGGAAGCUGAAAUUGCCGCCUAUAGUCGUUUAUUGGAUGCUCAAGACUCGCUUAUAGCAGGUUCCAAACCGGAUGGUUCGAGUAAUCAACAUACCUACAGUCGGCCAACAUCAGCCAAUUACCGAUCGUGUAAUGAAUUGAAUGUUCGUGUACCAUCCUAUUCAACGACUACACCAAAUCAGCAUACAAAACAAUCACAUGAUAAUGUUUCCAGAAGAUGGGUAGAAAGAGAUGAACCUAGUGGUCAAUCGACUAGAUCGCAUCAUUUCGUUGAACGUACUGUUGAAGGUAGUCAACAAUUAUCCUGUAGUUAUUCUGAUAAUGAGAAACCUCAAAAUUCAUUGAGUCAUAGUGAAACGUAUACACGUGGUCAUUUAGUUAUUAAUGAAUGUGCACAAAAUGGCAAUUAUAUUGAAAUAACAAACAAAGGCAAUACGGAAGAAUCAUUAUUCGGUUGGUGUUUAAUACGAAAUAUUGAUCAAGGGAGACAAAUUAUUCGAUACACAUUCCCUAAUCAUACACUAUCACCCCAUGCAAGUGUUAAGAUAUGGGCUGGUAACAAACCACCAAUACGUUCUUCAGGUAUAACUGAUAUAGAAGCACCAUAUUCAACUUGGGGUACUGGUUCGUAUAUUCAGACAAGUUUGUACAAUCCAGAUGGCUUGGAAAAAGCAACGCAUAUUCAGAAGUUACAAUAG